CAUAAAUUGAUAACAAAUUGAUAUUGACUGAUAUUUGUAGAAAAGAUGGAUGAGGAUGAUGAUUUUGGAGAUUUCGGAGGGUUUGAAGCAGCAGAUCCUAAUGAAAACCCACCAGAAGGAAAUGUAGAAGCUGGUGCUUCCCCCUGGGCAGUAUUCCCUCCAGUGGUGGCCCAAUCACAGCCAGAUCUGUUAUGUGCUCAGAAUACGUUUCCCACUUACCUAGAUCCCUCAGGUAUUAACGGUGGUCCUGGUAAUAAUAAUAAUAAUAAUCAUCAGAGACUUGAUAUAACAGCUUCAGCUACUGACAGACAGGAUAGUCCUAGACAUCAUAAUGACACUGAUCCAGCGCGUCUGGCAGAAAAUAUUCUGGAUGGAACGAUACGAGCUGGUGUACCAGGACUAGAUCUGACCCCAGGUCAACCUCCAUCAAGGGCAGAUAAUCCAGCAGAUAUAUUCUUAAAUACUGAUCAAGCCAGAGACAAUACUCGUGUGUUGCCAGACCUUGGCGUUGGUGAAGGAGCAACGUUGCCAGAUUUAGGUGUAGGUGAAGGACCGUCAUUAUUACCAAGGGGAGUUAAUCAAAUUGAAAGAGACUUAGAGUUAGCUGCCACUGUAAACUCUGUUAUCCAGCCUGUUUUAAAUGAGAGUGCUAGUAUACCGGGAAGUAAUGGCCACAUAGCGCCGUCUGCCAGCGACAAUAUUUCGGUCGUAUCAGAAGAUGGAAGCAGAGAGAUGGAAUCCGCAGCAAAUGAGGAGAUCCAGUCUUUACGAGCAUUAAAUUCUAAACUAGAAGAAGAUUUGAACCGAACUAGAAAUGAACUGCAACAACAACAAAAAAAGUUAGCAGAGAUUGAGGGUGGUCAUUCCGAAGAAAUGAAAAGUUUACGUCAAGCAGGACACGAUACACUAGCUGUGGUUGUUGAACAGUAUAAGGAGAGUAACAAAGUAGCAAAACUAGAACAUCAGGAAAUCUCAACGCAAUAUAUUCAACAAAAAAUACGUGAACUGACAGAAUCCUUCGAAAAAUCUUUUGACCAAUUACAAGCAGAGUUCAAAGAGAGGCUAGAUAGUGAAGAGGAGGCUCAUAUUCAGAGGAUUAAGGAGGCAGUGGAACAAUCGAGACAGGAACAACAGGAAAAAUUUGAUAAGUUUCUGGAGGAAGAAAGAGAGAAACAAAAAGAAGAAAUUCAGAAGGCCCUGGAGGCAGAGAGAGAAUCUAGUCAAGCCAAAUUAGCAGAAGCAAUCAAAGCCUCCCAGGAUGCAUCAGAAUCCAAGAUGGCAGAAGCAGAGGAGAAGAUGAGAAAGAGGCUACAAGACAGUGAGAAAGAAUCUCGAGUCAAUGUUCAGGCAGCAUUAAAAUUUGAACAAACCAAGAUGGAGGAGAAUUUGAGAGAAGUUCUCAAGGAAGAGAGAGAAAGGAAUCGUGUUGCCAUGGAGACAGUAUCUCAGCAAGCUCGUGAAGAUUCCCAACAAUAUAUCAAUCAACAGAGACAGAUUGAUUCAAGAGUUCGUCGACGCCAUCUUGCCAGUUUAGAUCUAUUUUUAGAAAGUGCACGGCAGCAGAUUCAACUUCUCCAUGAAUCAGAAGAUCCACAUUCCAACCAAUCAGAACCCAGCAAAUCAGCCGACAAAGAUUCAGACGCAGAUUCUAAUUCGUGAUUUUAUUUUAAAAGACAUUUUGGUUUUAAAUUUACUGGUACAGGCUUUGGUAUUCCUUUCAGUUUUCAGAAACUGGAUUAUUUUAUGGC